AUGACAAGCGGUGGGCAUAGACGUUGUAGAAGCGAAAUUGUGAGCUCAGUGGAUGAAGCUGAAGCCAAUGGUUUCCAAAGAUUUAAGACUCAUAUGCAAAGGGCUUUGAACUGGGGUGGUACUCCCGAUCAAGCAUUCUUCAAUCCCGAUCGCAAACGUCACUGGGCUCAAUUCCACUCUAACCCCUUGGAUGCCACCACAAAGUAUGAGAAUACAACCACGCUUUUUGAACAUUUUCUUAUUGCGGGUAUCCACCCAAAUGCUAAUCUUGACCCCGUUGAGGAUGCAUUUGCCAAAAGCAUGCAUUUUCAAUCACCUCCGGUUGUCAUCAUGGAACCUCAGAUACUUUUCAGGUAUCCUCCAGGAAAUAGGUUACCUAUGCCCUUAUCAGAUAUGGCAUCAUUUUGUUUUCCUGAAGGUGUCAAGGCAUGUAUGCUGGCAAAGUCCCCAUCACUUAGUGAGCUGAAUCAACUCGUGUACGGACAGGACCACUUAAGCAGAGAUGAUUUAUCAUUUAUAUUUUCACUCAAGGUGGCAGACAAUGCAACUCUUUACGGUGUUUGCCUACACACACAAGAAUUUGUUCAGAGACCUCCAGGGAUGCUUGGUGUUGCAUCAUCCCUUCCAAGAGUGCCAGGACACGGCAGUCCUUUUCUAAUUACCGCUCCUCGUUGUUACUGUCUAUUGACAAGAGUCCCCUUCUUUGAACUACAUUUUGACAUGUUAAACGGAAUAGUUGCACAAGAGCGUCUCAGUCGAAUAACGCAGUUUGUUAGUGAAGUGAGUCUUGAUCAUGUCCCUUCAUCAUCAAUUAAGGUAAAUAACCAAGAGGAUGAAUGUGCAUGUCAGCAGCGGUCAUGGAUGGAUUCCGCAAUACCAGUUGAAGGGACACUAGCCCUUAGGCUAAAUUCACCAUCAAAACUGGAAACUAGAUCUCCUACUUGUGAUGCAUCAGAAAAUAGACGGGAGUGUUUAGGACAAAUGCAUGAUAGCAUGAGUAUUGAGGCAUGUGUUGUUCCUGUUAACGGGUCACUAGAACGAAUUCAGACUUCUGGACCACUGUUCAGUUCAGUGAGAGGGGUUGUCACAGAGGAUGAAGAUGGAGUACUUUCUUGCAGUGAAACUAGUAAAACGAUUAUGGAAUGGGCGAAGGAAAAUAAAAACGAAAUGCUACAAAUCGUUUGCGGCUAUCAUGCUUUACCAGUUCCAUCAUAUGGAGGUAAAGUACAUUUUAAGCCACUUGAGCAUCUACAUGCUAUUGAAUAUUAUAGAACUGGUUUUGCUUUUGGAGAAGAUCCUAAUGCUGAUAUCUCAAUGAUUCCUGAUAAGGUGAAGUUAAAGCUUGCUGCAAUUGAGGAAGCUGUGUCACUAUCAAAUUGGACAACUAUAACAAUCUGUAGAGCUCUUUCCCUUCAAAAUGUUUUAGCAUUGCUUGCUGCGAUACUUUUAGAGAAACAAGUUAUCAUCACAUCUCCAAAUCUGGGUGUCCUAUCUGCCACAGUGUUAUCUCUUAUCCCUAUGAUUCUUCCAUUUGAAUGGCAGAGCCUUUUCCUUCCAGUUCUUCCAUGGAAGAUGCUUGAUUUUCUCGACGCCCCAGUUCCCUUUGUUGUUGGGAUACUACAUAAACCAGCUGAUCUCAAGAUGAAAUCAAAUAACCUUGUUCAUGUUAAUUUGGCCGAUGAUCGGGUUAAAGCGUCCUCCUUGCCAGCACUUCCUAAGCAACGAGAACUAAUAAACAGACUAGGGCCACUUCAUGCGAGACUAUCAAGCGACAAAACUGCUGCUAAAAAGCAUCCAGUAUACAAAUGCAAUAAAUGGCAGAUUGAUGCUGCCACACAAUUCUUGACUUGCAUGAGACAACACUUGGAGUCCCUUUGUUCAAACUUGUCCUACCAUUCAAUUACUUAUCCUAACAAAAGGGUUUCUCUACUUGUCAAGGAUAGCUAUAUUGAUUCCUUCCCCUAUAGAGACCGCCAGUUUGUCACGGAAUUUGUAGAUACACAGAUGUUCACACUUCUAUCAGACACUCGACUAUCUAGACCCCCCGAGUAUUAACCAAUUGCCCCUAGGAUGGAAGGACUGAUUGAUGAUGUUGAAUUUGUGACAAACGGUACAAAUCAGGAAAUUAGUGGAAGCUUUGCGGGUUACGUUUCAAGAAGUCAUGUGUCUACACUGCAUGCCACCUUUUGAAGGAUUUGUUUGUUAUAUCCCACCUCCUUGCGGCAAUAUAAGAAACAAAACCUUGAUCUUUUUGGAACUAUGUUGUAAACUUUUAAACUAUUAUCUUUUGAAGUGUUGUAAACAUUUUACUUUGAAACUUGAAACAUUGAAUGGCAUUUGGAGUUUGUUUUAUU